CUGCUGGUUGACAGGUUGUUACAUGAAGUUCGGAGAAGAAUUCAAAGAAGUACCAAAAGUCAUUCUAUCGUUAUGUGUUCGGCAGGUGGCUACCCGUAAUGGAAUUCUUGCCGAAAACUAUCAAAUUGUUGUGAUUUCCCUGGACCCACUUCUUCCACUGUAAUGGAGCACAUACACUGAGGUUUAUGGUAGCGUCUAAGGGGAGGAUUAAGAAUUCAAGAUGAAUGGUAUGUCACCACUCGAUGGCCACAGCAGUGACAGCCAGCUGAAUAGUGGUGUCAACACGCCCGUCAACGCCACCAUGCUGAACAACCGCGCCAUCCCACCCAUCCGGGUGCUGAGCGGCACGCCUUGCCCGCCCUCCAACGCCAACACGCCAGUGCCCAGCAAUCACGUCAAUUUCAUCAAGCAGGAGUCCGUCCACAGCGGGGCUGGGGGUCACGGCCAGGGUGUUCAACUCCCGUCCCUGUCCACUUUCGGACAGGCACUGACCAACGGGAAGACGCCGGAGAAGGGCAUGGCCAACGGGCCGGGUGACGGGGGCAUCAAAUCGGAGGCCGAUUACGCAGUCAAUUUUGACUCGUCAGAAUUCAUAGCACAGGAGGACUAUUCCAAGAACAAAGAUAUCAACUACUGCUCUGAUAUGGUGAGCACUGCCAGUCGACCAGGGGGUGGCGGAGGAGGAGGUGGUAAUGUGUCCCUGACCUGCCCUCCGUCGACAACAGGUGUCCGCAGAGUCCGUCUACAGAGCAACAACCUGUCCCAGUCGCCCACUCUCAGUGACAUCUCCAACAUCCGGAACACUCCCUGCAUCCCCUCCGCCACAUCUUCCGCCAGCCAUUCGGGGCAGAACCAGCCGCCAGCUGAACGCCAGAUGUUCCUGGAGCCUGGCACGGUCGCUACGCCGAUCAAGCAGGAGUGGUCGGGAAGCGGCCGUAUGCUGCCCUCGUUGACGCCGCACAGCCAGGGGCCCGGGUCACAGGCUGGGAGCGAUGUCGGGGACCAUGCCUUCCCCCCGCCGAGCUCCUCCUUGUCCCACUACGCCAGCAGCUUCAAUUCCCUCUCACCAUUCCCGGUUGAGAUUUCCCCGUCAGGGUCCAGCUUCGCUAGUCCACGUCACUCGGCGCGGUCCUUCUCAGCGCGGUCACGCAAAAGGGCACUGUCCCUCUCCCCACUUUCCUCAGACGACCUCAAUUCAAUCAUCAGGACGAGUCCAACCUCGCUGGUGGCGUACAUCAUUGGUUCGAGGGGGUCCUCUGCAUCUAUAUCGCCGUCGCCGGGAAUGCAAGCGGGAGAUUACGGUCACCUGUCGGCAAGGAACAGCAGCAGUCCAAUGUCCCAAGGAUCUUCGGGAAAUCAUCCGUCCUAUAUUCCACGAGCUCACACGGGGGAUGUAUCCCCACCCCCAUACCACCCUCCCAAAGUUACCAAUGGGUACAGUACCUACAACAACAGUAGUAAUUUGGCCCCGCAUAUGGAACCGCUAGAACAGUCGGCCUUACCCAGUAUUUCUCAGAUGGACAGUCAGCUGGUAGUACAGCCAAGGAACGAGGUCCUGCAACAGGAUUUCCAGAACUACAACCCAAAUGCCUAUUCCCAGACUGACCAGUACAAGCAGGAACCUAUGGACAACUUCCCGGACUCUGCGAGCUCCUAUUCCCAGAGCAGCGGCUUCUCCCAGCAGCCGGCCUACCCGCAGACCUCUGCCAACCUGUCCUACCAGCCCACCAAUUUCUCCCAGGCGGCCCCCUUCUCCCCACCACAAGCCCCUGCAGGUUACCAGCUGCAGCCUGGGUACAACCCUUCACAGCCUGGCACACCGUACCAACAGCAGAGCAUGCCCUCCGCGCAGCAGCCCACCAUGGCCAACCACGUACUGGUGCCGUCGCACAUGCCCCCGCCGCCUCCUUACUCCCAGCAUUUCGAGUCGCACUCCCGGCAGGCGUCCCCGGCCAUCACCACUCAGGUCAACUCGCCGGGGUCCAGCACGGCCAAGUCCAGCCUGGAGAUGGACAGCGAGCGGGUGCACAUCUGCCGCUGGAUCGACUGCAGUGCUGUCUUUGAGGACCAGGAGGACAUGGUCAGGCACAUUGAGAAGGUCCACAUUGACCAGCGGAAGGGGGAAGACUUCACCUGCUUCUGGCAGGCCUGCACCAGGCGCUACAAACCCUUCAAUGCUCGCUACAAGCUGCUCAUUCACAUGCGGGUACACUCUGGAGAGAAACCCAACAAGUGCACAUUUGAAGGAUGCAACAAAGCCUUCUCCCGACUGGAGAACCUCAAGAUCCACCUGCGAUCCCACACCGGUGAGAAGCCCUACCUCUGCACCCAUCCAGGUUGCACCAAGGCCUUCAGUAACUCAUCGGACAGAGCUAAACACCAGAGAACCCAUCUGGAUACGAAACCCUAUGCUUGCCAGUUACCCGGUUGCACCAAGAGGUACACAGACCCAAGCUCCCUGAGGAAGCACGUCAAGGCACACACUGCCAAAGACCAACAAGCAAGAAAAAAGCUGCGGACGCGAGAUGAGUUUGGCCAUCCCCAGGACAUUCUGACCGACUGCCUGACCAUUCAGCCCCUCCACCCCAUGUCUCUUGCCGAUAGCCCCAUGGAGUUGAGCGACAGUGGGCUUGGGAGAUCGCCCCACUCAUCCAUGGCCGGCACCUCGUCCGACAUGUACCCAAACAUGUUCUCCAGUGCCCACUCCAGUCGCAGCGGCACUGCCACGGGAGCCUCCAGCUACAGCAACCACCCGUCGCCGGUGCACAGCAUGCAGGGCAGCCCCCACAAUGCCAACUCUCACUCCAUAGGGGCCCUGGAGGACAACCGAGACAGCAGGGUAGGUAUGUACCCACAUCCUCCAAUGAGCGCCGUCAGUCCCACGAGGCGGACCUUCCCUCCAACUCUACUCCCGAGGAGGAUACCUCAGGGACUCAGCUCCAUCCCUCUCAAGCCCCGCCCACCCACGACCUCCCCAGGUAAUAUCACACCAAGGAUACAAAUCCAGCUGCCGGCAAAACCGCCACCGCCGUCCCCAAUCAAUGCGGCCCUGCCCCUGACUUCACCUGCCCCGCCCCUGACAGCUCCCACCCCAUCGUCCGCCUCCCAGACGUCGGACGCCCAGGCGGGAAGGGCCAUGCCGCCGCCUAUUAGCCACCACCGCUUGCUGCAGGUGCGACCUAGCCUGCCCAGCCUGACCUUCCAGACGCUGCAGCCCAUGCCCCGCCCCGCCACCCAGAGCGGCGGCUGCAGCAGCGGCAACAACAACAACAACUACAAGCAGCUGAGGCACAUCCCCAGUCCCCGGGGGCUGUACCCAAUCCCCACGUUUGAGGAGACGCUGUCGCCCACGCCCGCCCAGUACGAGGCCAUUGAGAGAGUCCUUUCAGCGCACUCCAGCUCUGACAGAGGUCUUAACGGAGACAUGCCUGGAAGCCCAGGAGAGUUCAGCAUUCUGAGCGCUGGCCGGUCCCUCGACGACAGCCCACUCCUGCAAAUGAACGCCGUGGACCGUUGUCCCAGCCAACUAUCAGCUGUCUACGCCGACGGCCCAUCGUAACACCUUCCCCCUCCUCCCCCUUCCCCUCCUCUGAUUGGUGGAUCUGAGCUAAGGGUCAUCCAUGAUUGGUUGGCUCGUGCAUUAAAAAGAGUUGGAUGAGAGCAGAUGGUCACACGGUCAAAGCAAAAAUAAAAGGUCUCCGGCUGAUGGCUGGAUGGGCGCGGUGCAUUUUAAGGAGACUUGAUUGCAAAAAUAGGUUGAAAUUGGGAGAGUUGUUGUCAAAACGUCCAGCUUGCCCUAUGUUAAUGGUGGUGAUGUUUUCCGACGCUGUGCUGAUCUCUUGCUGUGAUUUUUUUAGGCCAUUCGCGCGAAUGCAAAUCUGUUGGUUCUGCUCUCUUUGGAAGAUCGCUGACCGUUUCAGUCACACACACACACAUAUGCACAGUCACACACUACAGUCGACAGUGUGACUGUGCGGUUUUUCUGGGGUGGAGUGGGAGUUUCGCCCUGAAGUAGAAACGUUUUUCCAGAUUGGUUGAAUUUUACUCAGUGUCCGUGAUUUUGAGAAGUGAGAUUUUAGUCUGAAAGUAGGGACUUAUUUUUUGUAAUACCGCUGUCCACAAACAGAUGUGCAUAUUUUCACAGAUGGUUUUUAUGGAAUUCAAUGGCUUGUUUUGUCAAUUGUUUCCCUAAUUUUGUUUCAUUGAUUGAUUUUAUUGCAUUUUUAUUUAUUUAUUUAUGUUUUUUUGAGGGAUUGGUCAAAGUAAUAUUUUCCAACGUAAUUUCCCAGGUGGGAGUCUAGAGAACAUAAACUGAAAUAGUCAUAGUUUGGGGGGAUGUUGAAGGAAGGAAAACGUUUCUGAAAGUUGAUCUCAAUGAAAAUGCAGCAUUAUAGAAAGACAAAGUAUUGUUGAAAAAUGUACAUAGUAAAAGAAAUCAUAUAUUUUAUGAGAGCUAGUAUAAAUUUCAUAAAUUUAAAAUGAGAUCAAUGAACUAGACUGAUUUUUUAUGAAUAGUUCUGUAUAAAAAAAAAUCAAGUGUCCCGUCCGUUUUUUUUUUUCCCAAAUCAAUUGAAUCACAUAGACAAUCGUCAUCAAUUCAGCAGCAUGGGAGUCAGUUGACUUUUUUUUUUACUUCCCAGAAAUGUAUUUAUAAGAUGUCAAUGUAAGUAGCACUUGGAAUUAAUUUGUUUUUAUGUAUAUGGAAUGUAAAAUAUAUCAGUAGUUUAAGAGUGACGAGGAAAGUGAGUUUGUCAACAAACAGUGUUACUCAGAAAGGUUUGAAUCCUUUGUAGUCCUUGGCAAACAAGAGAGAGAGAUAUUUUUAUGCACAAAAAUUUGAGUAGCAUCGAGGCAGCAUAUCUAUGUGGCAAAUUUAAAUCAGUCAAAGAGUAUUACUAUGUCAUGAUAGAUUCAGAUAAGUCAAAAGCUUUGUGUUGAUUUAAUCCCCAGCAAGUUCUCCCUUUUCGGCCCUGCCAGGAAUUGGGAUUUCCCCCCCCCCACUCCUUGAAUGCAUUUGUUUCUGUCCGUUGUUUGCAAAACAACCCAUAUUCACAACAGUUCGGACGUUCCGUAUCUACCACCUGCUACUCUUCCAGUGAUUUGUCGCCCUGCCGGAUUCUUUUCCCUCCGUCCAAAAUGGGCGAUUCACUAGAGUGCAUCUCCAAGAGUUUGCAGUUUGUGGGUUGGCCAAAUCACAACACGCAAAAAUCUGUCGACCCUUUUAGUUUCCAAACGUCCAUUGGGUCGACAGAUUUCACACACUGUGAUUGGCCAAUGCGUUGCAAACUCUUGGAGGUGCACUACUGUGAAAGCCCCAUAGUGAAAUCUGAUUUUUAUGUGGAAAGUUGUGCAAACUGAUUAGCCUGUGUGAAGUAAAUCCAUGUAUUAAUUGUACAUUUGAUGCCCUUACGCAGUCCGUCCAGUGAACAUUUCGGAUGAAUGUUAAAUCUACCUGUGUUCAUUUGCAAUGCUUGUGUGUGUAUCCUAUGUGCAUUUGAAGUCAACAAUUUUAAGAUGAGAACAAAGAGCAGAUAUAGUAUGAACGACAAAAUAUUAGUUCUUAAGUGUGUAUCCUGUGACAUAUCAUGAACAGUAACUUUGCCAUUGUUUGAGUGUUGGAGCUGAUAUUGUAGUCUGAACUGCCACCAAAAAGGCUCAUGGAGGUUGAAAUGUAAUACUUUGGUUCACCUGCCGUCCGUUUUAAGUAUUUAAGACUGUAAUGUAAUGUUUUUUAAAGUGUACAUUUUACCAGGGCGGAAGAGUUAUGUAUAGGUCGUAACGCUUUUGUACGUUUUUGCUUGAAAAUUUUGAAAGGGAGUUUCAGGAUGCCUUCCAAGCCAGUUACUUGAAAAUGUCAUGCACAUGGACUUGGUGGUGGUCUUAUGCGGUGCCUUGGUUUGCACUUGUGUAAAUGGCAUGGAGCGUGCUCAGCAUAUUUUCAGCUGAAUGUGCACAAACGGUUGGGUUUUCUGGUGAGAAACAUGCAUGUACACACACACACAUACAUCAUACACGCACAUUAGACUGUUCAUCAGGGAUAAUACUCUACAUAAAUAUCACAGAGGGUGUGGCCAUGAGGGUGUGGCCAUGAGGGUGGAGCCAUUGAAAUCAGCCCAUGCAUAACAGUUGAAUACGUAAUGAGAAGGGCUUGCGGUCAACUUGUCAUCAAGAGUUUCAUAAUUUGCACUGUUGGGUACAUAACUACAGAGGAUAUGAUUAGUCAAAAGACAAGGAUGUGAUGCUGUCCUUUUUAAUAGAACUAUGCUUUUGAAGGAAAGGGUAACUAUGCAUGUUAUUGACGUUGAGGCCGCAAAAUUUUGAUACAAACUGUUAGGAAAAUUUUAUAAGAAGGGGGUGAUUUUGUUUAGCACAUGACGACGUCUGCGUAUUGUAAGAAAUUUCUAUCUUCGGGCUAAGCCCUUGACCCUAAAAUGAGACACCUGCAAAUGUUAUUGAAUUAAAUUUAGUGAAAAUACAAGAUCAAACAAAUCUGACACUUUCCUGAAUUAGGGUGUGCAGAAUAUUGCCAAAGCACAACAAGCAGACAUUAUGGAAGGUUAAAAAAGAGGCUGAACCCCCAUAACUGUCAAGUGCUAUGAGAGAUUUUCUAAACUGGCUUGCAAAUCAGAGCAAUAUUUAUACUAUUAUGAGUAAAAACCCUCCACGAUCAUGUGUGUUUUAAUCUUGUGAUAUUUGUUAUAGAAAUGUUACUCAAAAGAUCAGGAAUUCUCAACUUUUGCUCCUUGAAUCCGUCCACAAAUGGCAAUUCAGUCUGGACAGAAUUUCAUUAUAGAAAACACACAGAGUUAUGGUAUAAACACUUUUUAUAUGCCAAACCCGUCCAUGCAUUGUGUAUUCAUUUUAUAACGAAAUCCGUCCACAAAUGAAUGCUUAACCAGUUUACCCAGAACUUAGUUCAGCCAGAUAUGAACGUAUGGCUUUACUUUCUAUUUGUAGUUUGGUACAUCAGAUGGCUAGUGUUAUUAGGUAAAGGCCCUCUGUAGUUACCUUUGACCUGUAUGUAAAUGUGACUGAUUUGCAUACACUGCGAUGGUCAAGUGUACAGCAACAUAGCCAAGACUAUAGGUUUGUUUGAUGAGUUGUCAACCAACCAUUCUGGCAUGCACCCUCAGUGCUAGACAUGCUGCUCACAGAUAGCCUCAAGGGUAUCUUUACAUCACUUACGUCGCUUUUUUGAAGCAUUUUGGUCAGUUUCAUUUGAGCAGUCUUGGCGUUGCUCUCCAAGCCAAUAUUUUGGCCAAGUUCGCUCUCGUCAAAUUUGGCAACUGUAUACUUUCUAACAAAAAACUUGAGAUUUAUGUUUGUUGUUUUAAUUUCUUUGUAACAUGUUAAGGUGUGACAACUCAAUAUUCUGGAAUCUGGUUUGUUUCCAGGGUUUAAUAUGUUAAUUUGUAGAGAGUUAUGGUAUAAAUAUUAACGUGACUAUUGUGUUUAUAAGAACAGCGUGGAGAGAAAUGUACAUGCAUGACUGAGUUGGGGAAAGGCAUCUACACCUUGUUAGUUUGUCAGAAGGAAAACCCACAAGAGCUAUGUGUUUGGCUGUGUGCAUCCUUUAUUCUUAUUCAGUCUAAGGUGCGCGGCUCGUUCAUGGACUGCAUCUGAGUGGCAGCGUGCAGUGGUACGGACGGCCAGUAAGCCAACCCUUUGAAAUGGAAACCUCUUCCAUUCUUGACUCGGUGCUUUUACUGAUGCUCUUCUCAACCCACAGUACUUUCUCUUCAAUCGCACACCGAGUCUGCAGUGUCAGCAGUGUCUGCUCACCACUGGUCCACCCUGAUAGCUUACUGGCCGUUGAGAGCUAUGUGGCUGGUGCCCAGUCUCCUGCCACUGGAAUGGGUGGAGGGAACCACUCCAAUCUGUUCUUGAGUUGUAAAGUGGAGGACCGUGACUUGACCCCCAAGAGCCAGUAGCCUAUUCAGAUUUUGGUUUAGAGAUCAGCGGUGUCCUCUUGGUAGACUUGAUCAUAAUUGGUGGCCAAAAUGGUUGGAUUGCCUGGUUGCCAUAAAACUGCACGUUUUGCCAAAGGCAGAGGUAGUAGGUGUGUUGACCACCAUCUGACCAUGCUUUUGUGGGUUUGAAGUCUACUUCAGAUAUCUUUUUUUGUUGUCUCAAGAUGUGUCAAGUUAACGUCAAUAAACGUCAGGAGACAUUGUGAAAUACUGGA